AUGUGCCCAUUAUUGCCUGCUUUAGUCUCUGAUUUAAUUCUGUCCAGCCCGUUUACUCCGUACACUAUCCUCAAGUUGGUGGAGCUGGCACAGCACUUCUUCCCUGCCGGUGUUAUUCAGGCACUGGGAGGCAAUGACGAUCUGGGUCCUUGGAUGACGACUCAUCCAGGAAUUACUAAGAUCACUUUCACAGGAUCGUCCGCUACGGGAAAGAAGGUCAUGGCGGCUCCGGCUCCGACGUUGAAGCGCGUCACACUGGAACUUGGCGGCAAUGACGCUGCAAUCGUUUGUGCGGAUGUCGAUAUUGACGCUAUCAUCCCCAGGAUAGUAGGUGAUACAUUCAGUCACGCUGGACAGACCUGCAUCGCCGCAAAGCGAAUCUACGUGCAAGCAUCAAUCUAUGAUGAGUUCAUGAAGAAGUUCACUGAAGAAUGCAAGAAGCUUAUACCGGGAAAGCUCGAUUUAAGCCCUAUUCAAAACAAACUCCAGUACGAGAAAGUCAAGUCCCUCUUCGCCGACUGCCAGAACCAGGGCUAUGAAUUUGCAUUGGGAGGGCCCGACUUCAAACAGGAAACACCAGGAUAUUUCAUACCUGCAGCAAUCGUGGACAACCCACCAGAGCAGUCGCACGUGGUGCAGGAUGAGCCUUUCGGACCUAUCGCCCCCGUUCUGAAAUGGGAGGACGAAGAGGAGGUUAUCCAACGCGCGAAUGGCACUGAUCAGGGUCUUGGUGCUACACUGUGGUGUCGCAACACAGAGCAGGCUGAGCGUAUUGCUCUUCGCCUUGAGGCCGGUAGUGUAUGGGUAAACCGUGGUGUAGUACCACUGCCCACUGCUCUGUUUGGAGGCAUAAAACAAAGUGGUCUUGGCGGGGAAUGGGGCCAGCUUGGGUUGUUAAAUUACUGCAGUGCGAGGACCUUCCAUUUUGCGAAGAAUUUCUGA